AUGCAAUCUACCCCGCUCAACUUGAACAGAUAUGUGUUACUUUUCCUUUACAUGGUCCAGACGUUCAUGACGGGUUGCGUGUAUUUUGGAUGGGCCCCUCUCUCUACAAUGCUACUGCGAGCGGGUGUCUUUAGUUUCAAAUGCAACAUUGAUGAGAUUGGGGCUCUUGUGGAAGGCCAAAGGGGGUUCGGCAGCAACUACAUCUGCGACAAGCAAGACGCGUCCGUGCAGAGCCUUUUCGUCAUUACGCUGGCCACGCACUGCACAAUGAACGCACUUGCUGGUGCCAUGAUGGACACGCUGGGUCCCAAGAUAACCUCUGCGAUUGGCCAAUGCUUUCACAUAAUCGCUUGGUCUCUCAUUUCGACUCUGACGGUGGAGUCCAACGCACGCGUAUACUUGGGCUUUAUCUUCAUGGGUCUCGGCGCAGGCACUGCUUUCUUGCCUACCCUUCUCGUUACCCGCCUCUUCCCAGGCGCCGCCCCGACCGUGAUAGCACUAAUUGGCUCCGCAUCGUCUGCUUCCUUCGCCAUCCCACUUGUUUUGGACUUAUAUCUAACAGAAAACGCUAUUUCUGGGUGCUGGUGGUAUGUUGGUUUCGGCCCCUGUCUGUUCUUGCUGAUAGACCUACUUGUAAUGCCUCUGAAGACGUUCGAAGUCUUCGACGCUGAUUCUCCCAAAAAACAGGAAGAUGUGUACAUGGCAGGAAGUACACAGCUUGAGUGCCUACAUUUUUCAGACAGAGAAACAGGAGUGUCUGGCUCGGCUACGGAGGCAGUGAAUCCCAUUCAGCCGAAGUGCCAGCUACCGCGAGAAGAGCCUGUUGAAGUCUUGUAUAAGCACGCUUUCUCAAAGAUCGUGUUCUCUGAGAGUGUAGGUUCCUGGGGCAUGUACCUUGUUCAGCUUUCGAUGAUUGGUCUACUUCUUCUCAUGUACUUUGUCUUGGCUCGCAUGUGCUGCAUCCGAAUGGCACCUCCGACGUCGCACACAGCGGCGAAUCCCGACAGGCAGUGCCCUGAUUCUUCAAUUCAAGAACCAUAA